AUGAAGCUCCUGGUGAAGCUCCUGGUGAAGCUCCUGGAGAAGCUCCUGGUGAAGCUCCUGGUGAAGCUCCUGGAGAAGCUCCUGGUGAAGCUCCAGGAGAAGCUCCAGGAGAAGCUCCUGGAGAAGCUCCUGGUGAAGCUCCUGGAGAAGCUCCUGGUGAAGCUCCAGGAGAAGCUCCUGGAGAAGCUCCUGGAGAAGCUCCUGGUGAAGCUCCUGGAGAAGCUCCUGGUGAAGCUCCUGGUGAAGCUCCUGGUGAAGCUCCUGGUGAAGCUCUUGGUGAAGCUCCUGGUGAAGCUCCUGGUGAAGCUCCAGGAGAAGCUCCUGGUGAAGCUCCUGGAGAAGCUCCUGGUGAAGCUCCAGGAGAAGCUCCUGGAGAAGCUCCUGGAGAAGCUCCUGGUGAAGCUCCUGGAGAAGCUCCUGGUGAAGCUCCUGGUGAAGCUCCUGGUGAAGCUCCUGGAGAAGCUCCUGGUGAAGCUCCUGGUGAAGCUCCUGGAGAAGCUCCUGGUGAAGCUCCAGGAGAAGCUCCUGGAGAAGCUCCUGGAGAAGCUCCUGGAGAAGCUCCUGGUGAAGCUCCUGGUGAAGCUCCUGGUGAAGCUCCAGGAGAAGCUCCUGGUGAAGCUCCUGGAGAAGCUCCUGGUGAAGUUCCAGGAGAAGCUCCUGGUGAAGCUCCUGGAGAAGCUCCUGGUGAAGCUCCUGGUGAAGCUCCUGGUGAAGCUCCUGGUGAAGCUCUUGGUGAAGCUCCUGGUGAAGCUCCUGGAGAAGCUCCUGGUGAAGCUCCUGGAGAAGCUUCUGGAGAAGCUCCUGGUGAAGCUCCAGGAGAAGCUCCUGGUGAAGCUCCUGGAGAAGCUCCUGGUGAAGCUCCUGGUGAAGCUCCUGGAGAAGCUCCUGGUGAAGCUCCAGGAGAAGCUCCUGGUGAAGCUCCUGGAGAAGCUCCUGGUGAAGCUCCUGAAGCUCCUGGUGAAGCUCCUGGAGAAGCUCCUGGUGAAGCUCCUGAAGCUCCUGGUGAAGCUCCUGAAGGUCCUGGUGAAGCUUCUGAAGCUCCUGGAGAAGCUCCUGGUGAAGCUCCUGGUGAAGCUCCUGGUGAAGCUCCUGAAGCUCCUGGUGAAGCUCCUGGUGAAGCUCCUGAAGCUCCUGGUGAAGCUCCUGAAGCUCCUGGUGAAGCUCCUGGUGAAGCUCUUGGUGAAGCUCCUGGUGAAGCUCGUGGUGAAGCUCCAGGUGAAGCUCCUGGUGAAGCUCCUGGUGAAGCUCCUGGUGAAGCUCCUGGUGAAGCUCCUGGAGAAGCUCCUGAAGCUCCUGGUGAAGCUCCUGAAGCUCCUGGUGAAGCUCCUGAAGCUCCUGGUGAAGCUCCUGGUGAAGCUCCUGGUGAAGCUCCUGAAGCUCCUGGUGAAGCUCCUGGUGAAGCUCCUGGUGAAGCUCCUGGUGAAGCUCCUGGUGAAGCUCCUGAAGCUCCUGGUGAAGCUCCUGAAGCUCCUGGAGAAGCUCCUGGUGAAGCUCCUGGUGAAGCUCCUGGUGAAGCUCCUGGUGAAGCUCCUGAAGCUCCUGGUGAAGCUCCUGGUGAAGCUCCUGGUGAAGCUCCUGGUGAAGCUCCUGGUGAAGCUCCUGAAGCUCCUGGUGAAGCUCCUGAAGCUCCUGGAGAAGCUCCUGGUGAAGCUCCUGGUGAAGCUCCUGGUGAAGCUCCUGGUGAAGCUCCUGGUGAAGCUCCUGGAGAAGCUCCUGGUGAAGCUCCUGGUGAAGCUCCUGGUGAAGCUCCUGGAGAAGCACCUGGUGAAGCUCCUGGUGAAGCUCCUGGUGAAGCUCCGGGUGAAGCUCCAGGUGAAGCUCCUGGUGAAGCUCCUGGUGAAGCUCCUGGUGAAGCUCCUGAAGCUCCUGGUGAAGCUCUUGGUGAAGCUCCUGGUGAAGCUCCUGGAGAAGCUCCUGGUGAAGCUCCUGGUGAAGCUCCUGAAGCUCCUGGUGAAACUCCUGAAGCUCCUGGUGAAGCUCCUGGUGAAGCUCUUGGUGAAGCUCCUGGUGAAGCUCGUGGUGAAGCUCCAGGUGAAGCUCCUGGUGAAGCUCCUGGUGAAGCUCCUGGAGAAGCUCCUGGUGAAGCUCCUGGAGAAGCUCCUGGUGAAGCUCCUGGAGAAGCUCCUGGUGAAGCUCCUGGUGAAGCUCCAGGAGAAGCUCCUGGUGAAGCUCCUGGUGAAGCUCCUGGAGAAGCUCCUGGUGAAGCUCCUGGUGAAGCUCCUGGAGAAGCUCCUGGAGAAGCUCCUGGAGAAGCUCCAGGUGAAGCUCCUGGUGAAGCUCCUGGUGAAGCUCCUGGUGAAGCUCCUGGAGAAGCUCCUGGAGAAGCUCCUGGAGAAGCUCCUGGAGAAGCUCCUGGUGAAGCUUGGAAACAUGCGGUAA